GAAGAAAUCGAAGUAAACGAUGUGCCUCCACAAAAACCAACAUUAUCGGAGAUAGAGGAUGCCCUGGUGUUGAUCGAUCGCUGGUCGCUUUUUGAUAAAGAUGGUGAUGAAAUAAGGAAAAAACUACACGCGAUAACCAACAAAUGAAACCAGCACUUUACCGAGGGCAAAAAGCAAACUUUUAUUGAAAACUAUUUCACAAACACUUCAUAAGAAUAUAGAUAUUAUUGGUUUAUAUUGUGGAGAGAAACACCUGAUGCCAGGGGCAGAAACAUAUAUUUCAGCAAGUUUAUGGAAUAAGAAAGUUAUUAAUAAACGUAAAAUAUCAAUACUGGGAUCAAGACGUAAACAUUCAUGUCUUUUUUUACUACACGCUGGUAACAUUGAGAUUCAGCCUGGACCUGAAUAUAUGAAAGAACUGUAUAAUUUGUUAUCAAAAAGAGGUAUGAAAAUAUUUCAUCCUAAUGUACGAGGACUGUUGGCGAAUAUAGACCAUGUUAAAGUUUUGUUAAACGAACACAAAAACAUUGACAUAUUAACUUUAUCCGAGACGCACAUAAACACGAAAGCGUAUACAGAGAAUCCUAACCUUUAUCAUAUUCCGGGGUAUACUUUUAUCUCCCGGAACAGGAAAACGGGACUUUGCGGAGAUGUAGGCAUGUAUAUUUCCAACCGCAUCAAAUGGAAACGUAGAUCUGACUUAGAACAUCGUGACUUGGAGUGUAUUUGGAUUGAAAUCUUUCAAAAAAACUCUAAAACAUUUCUUGUUGGAUCAUUGUACUGACCCCCGGCUGGUUCGAAAUACCUACCAAGUAAUUUUCCUUAAUGAUUGUUACAAGUAGGAACUACGCAAAGUACAACAGCGACAACAUGAACGAAGAGCUUAGACAUCACGACUGGAGUCCAAUGUACGAAAUGAAUAAUGUUAACGAAGCAUGGCUUUAUCUGAAGAAUACACUUCUUAAUGUAUUUAACAAACACGCACCGAUAAUCGAGAAAAGGGUCAAGGGUCAAUUCUGCACAACAUCAGAUAUCUCAUGAUCGAGAGAGAUAAAGCGCUUAGAAAAGCUCGUAAGACAAACGCAGCAGCAGAUUGGAAAGCAUACAGAAAAAUUCGCAACAAAUGUGCCACUGACUUACGAACAGAUAAAGGUAACUACAGUAGGGAUCUGUUAAGUCGAAACUCAAGAAAUCCAAAAAAGUUUUGGGACACUAAAAAAACCAUAAUGUACACAAGACGAGGAAAGUUACUAAUGAUGCAACUACCAAUAAAUUCGAAAAAGUAAAUACAUUAUGUUCAUUUUUCUCUAACGUGGCACAGUUAAAAUUAAAAUCUAUUCACGUAAAAGAUUUUAUCUGGAACAAAACAUUCACUUUUAAGAACAUGUAUGAAAUUUAAAUUUAACUAUGUAUCACGCAUAUUUGUUGAGAAAGAACUAAAAAAGCUUAAGCGUCAAAAGUCAACUGGUUGGGAUCAUCUUCGACAGCUUUAUUGAUGCACUGUGCAUCUGCGAUUGCUGAACCACUGUGUUAUUUAAUCAACUUAUCAUUAGAAAACUCAGAAGUAACAUCAGAUUGGAAACACGCACUGAUCACUCCCAUCUUUAAAUCAGGAUCACCAUCUGAACCAAAUAACUACCAACCAAUAUCCAUAUUGUCAAGCCUAUCAAAAAUACUUGAGAAAGCAGUUCAUAGACAAUAAUUUAUUAUAUCGUGCUCAAUUUGGUUACCGCAGACGUAGAUCCACGGACAUAGCUGCAACGUUAUUUACUGAUAACAUCAGAAAAGAGGUUAUAAAGGAAAUUUAGUUGGUGCAAUCUUCAUUGAUUUGUCGAAAGCUUUUGACACUGUUUCACAUAGCAUCUUGCUUGAAAAGCUUCGCGCAUAUGGUCUUUGUGGCAAAGAGUUAGAAUGGUUUACCCACUAACUAUUCAACCGUACACAACAGGUGGUUAUUGAUAACAUCAGAUCUAACACUGAGAAUGUAAAAUGCGGAGUCCCUCAGGGAUCUAUUUUAGGACCGCUUUUAUUUUUAAUUUUCUUCAAUGAUUUUGAGACCUCGCUUAUUAGAGCACGUACUAUCCAAUUCGCUGACGACACAGUGGUUUAUAUUGCAGGAAGCAAUAUGUGAAUUAUAUCGAAGAUAUUUUAACUCAGAUUUUAAAAAAAUAUCGAACAGUACCUAAUCGAGAAUGAAUAAUUAAAUUCGGAACUGGUCAAAAGUUGAAUUCAGUAUCCCACAAGCUCAAGCUAUUUUACAAUUUUGUGGAAGUCAACAAGACAAGCCAGUAUAAAUAUUUGGGUUCGACUCUGGAUUCAAAACUAUCCAUGCAGGUGAAUUUUGACACAGCCUACAAGAAAGCUUCAACAAGGCUUCGUCUCCUAUCAGCAUUGAGAUCGCUAUCAGCAUUGAGACUGCUACUAUCAUUAUGAUACUACCUCUUAUCACGUUUAACAGUAUCAUCAAACUUAAAUUUACAAAUACACAAAAGAAAAGGCUGGUGUCUCUUGACAACAGAGCGAGAAAUGUCACAAAAAAUGCAAAAGUUACAACAAUCAAAAGUAUUAUAAUAAGAAAUGUGUGUUGCGUAGUUCGUAAAUGUAUUGACGGAGAGAGUUGUAGCAGCUUCAACAGUUACUUCGAGUUAAUGAAUCACGAAAGGGUUUCACGGAACAAGCAGUUACCAUUACGCUUGCCAAAAGUUAAAUUGGAAGUUGGCAACAGUGGUUUUUAUUACGUGGGUGCUGAUACAUACAACAAGUUGCCAUUAGAUAUUAGAAAAGAAAAAUGUUAUGUAACAUUUAAAAAGAAAUUGAAGCAAUAUUAUAUUUAGGUGUAUGUUAUGAAAUUUUGUUUCUUUGUUUUCUAGAUGUGUCCUAUUUGAGGAGCCACACUCAAUCAUUUUCUCUGCCUAUUGUUUCACAUUUUCUUCUAUUUUUUCCCAUAUUGUUUUUAUUUAGAUUUUAAUCAAAUAUUUACUAAUUUUCAGCUAUAUAUAUAUAUUUAUUAGCGUUUAAUUCAUUUGGUAGAACUACUCGUUUGCAGUAGCAAAAAUUGUUUAGCAAAGCUAUAUUUUUAUUAGCCCCGCUUAUUUAAGAUUGAUUUAUUAUGACCUGCUAUAUCGCUUGAGCAGCCUCGUAACAUACUUUCGCUUAAUGUUUUGAUUUUUUGUA